GAAAGCCCCAACGUGUGCGGGACGUGCAAUAAAUACUAUGUAUUUAAUGAUAUAGUGACCUCCAAGGGAAAGGCUUUAACCUAUAAGCUAUAACCAAUACGAAAUAAGAGUUACGCGCCGCAGAAUCCGCAACCAGACAGAUUUUCCACACCCCAUACCGCUCGCUGCCAACAACUCUUUCGAUUCGAUCUUUUGUCGUGUGCAGUUGUUUGUGUAGGAAUUACAACAUGAAUAAGUUCAAUUAAAGAUGUAAUAUGUGUAAUGUGUAAUCUGGCUGCGGCACAGAAACGACAGACGCACGCAAAGCAAUAACUACAAGUGUGUUUCCUCACAUCGGCAGUGUGUGCCACACCUGCACCAGCACCACCGCACCCUAGGAUCCCCACCUCCCUCCACCAUCCCAUAAAGCCUCCCUACUCUAGCGUCUAGCCCUCAUUUAGAGCCUGGCGACGGAAGAAAUCAGGACAUGCAAAGAGCAUUCCAAUCCGCAGUGUGGCCUACGUUAUCUCUUUAAGAUGUCACUGGCCGUGUCGCUGCGCCGGGCUCUUCUGGUGCUCCUCUCGGGCGCCAUCUUCAUCCUCACCGUGCUGUACUGGAACCAGGGUGGCAGCAAGACACAGGCGUACAGCGAGGCGUUCGAACGCCCCCACAGUCACAAGGACGGCUCCUCCUUUCCCAUACCCGUGGAGAAGUUUUGGACAUACAAAUGCGAGAAUGACCGAUGUAUGCGGGUGAGCUAUCAUCCUGGGAAGACCGGCAAACGUGUCUCCUUCAUCACCUGCUCGAUGACCUGCGGGUACGUCAACAUCUGGCCAGCACCGACCGUCAAAUCAUUGGUCAGCGCCCACACAACCAGCUUCUCGGUGGAGGUUGUGCAACUGGAGCAGGACACACCGCAUCGGGAGGUGCGGAAGCAGCUGCAGCUGGCCUUUGACUGUUUCCUCAAGGAUCUGCGCCAGAUCCAGAGACUGGACUACGCUACCAGUCCACCUGAGACGGGCGAAAGUGAAUCCUCAUCGUGGGCAUCGCAGAACGAUGUGGUAGGAGCCGCUAUUUCUGGGGAGAGGCGACCAGGUGUUCUGGAGAGUCUGGUGGUGAAGAUCAGCGUGCAAAAGUCCGGAGAUGUCAGCUUCAGCCUGGAUAACGAUGAGAGCUAUGAGCUGACCGCCAUCACGGAAGGCCACCGCCUGCAGGUGGAGAUCACGGCGAACUCGUUCUUUGGGGCCCGCCACGGCCUCUCCACGCUGCAGCAACUCAUUUGGUUCGACGACGAGGAUCACCUGCUGCACACGUACGUCAACAGCAAGGUGAAGGAUGCCCCGAAGUUCCGCUAUCGCGGCCUGAUGCUGGAUACCUCACGCCACUUUUUCUCGGUGGAGGCGAUCAAGAGAACGAUCGUGGGAAUGGGUCUGUCCAAGCUGAAUCGCUUCCACUGGCAUCUGACAGAUGCGCAGAGCUUUCCGUAUAUCUCGCGCAACUAUCCGGAGCUGGCCGAGCACGGGGCCUACUCGGAGGGCGAGACGUACACGGAGCAGGAUGUGCGCGAGGUGGCCGACUUUGCAAAGAUCCAUGGCGUGCAGGUAAUACCGGAGAUCGAUGCACCGGCCCAUGCCGGCAAUGGCUGGGACUGGGGGCCCAAGAGGGGCAUGGGCGAGCUGGCCGUGUGCAUCAAUCAGCAGCCGUGGAGCUUCUACUGCGGAGAGCCACCGUGCGGGCAGCUCAAUCCGAAGAACAACCACACCUACCUCAUCCUGCAGCGCCUCUACGAGGAGCUGCUUCAGGCGACGGGGCCCACGGACCUCUUUCAUCUGGGCGGCGACGAGGUGAAUCUCGACUGCUGGGCCCAGUACUUUAACGACACGGAUCUGCGGGGCUUGUGGUGCGACUUCAUGCUGCAGGCGAUGGCCAGGCUGAAGCUGGCCAAUAAUGGUGUGGCCCCCAAGUAUUUGGCCGUCUGGUCGAGCGCCCUGACCAACACCAAGUGUCUUCCAAAUAGUCAAUUCACGGUGCAGGUGUGGGGCGGCAGCACUUGGCAGGAGAACUACGACCUUCUGGAUAAUGGAUACAACGUGAUCUUCUCGCACGUUGAUGCCUGGUACUUGGACUGCGGCUUCGGCAGCUGGCGGAGCACAGGAGAGGCCGCCUGCUCCCCCUAUCGCACCUGGCAAAACGUCUACAAGCAUCGGCCCUGGGAACGCAUGCGUCUGGACAAGAAGCGGCGCAAGCAGGUAUUGGGCGGCGAGGCCUGCCUGUGGACGGAGCAGGUGGACGAGAAUCAGCUGGACAAUCGGCUGUGGCCCCGUGCCGGUGCCCUGGGCGAGCGCCUGUGGUCGGAUCCCAGCGAUGAUCAUGAUCUGGAUAUUAUGGCCCCGGAGGUGUUCCGCCGCAUAUCGCUGUUUCGCACCCGUCUCGUCGAGCUAGGAAUCAAGGCGGAGGCCCUGUUCCCCAAAUAUUGUGCCCAGAAUCCUGGCGAAUGCAUUUGAUACUACCUUUAAGAUGAGUAAAUCCCAAUCCAAACACCCCCGAUCCCCCAAUACUCCCGACAUGUGCGUUAGUUAGUUUAUAGCGAAUUGUUAUUUUAUAUAAGAAAGGAAGAAGGACGCGAAAGAUACAACCAAGCUUCGCAGAAGUUGUGCGGCAGUUUACAGGAGUAGCAGGAAGCGACUGUAUGAAAUGGUUUCUGGCAUAAACCAUGACUCGAAUUUCUUUUCGAUAGAAAACACAUUCACACACCCACACACAUACUUAGUACAAUUCAAAUCGAAUUAUAGCGCACACAUUAUAUAGACAGACAUACAUACAUAUGUAGAUCGGAUACAGGCAGACAUGACCGAUAUAGGGAAACGAUUACCAUUAAGCGUUCAUAGUUUUUAAUUGUAGAUUUCAUACGCAUCAAUACACACACUCACACUCACAACCACAUACAGACAUAGGACUAAAUUCUACAUGUAUGUAUACAUGUAGGCUUAUAAGUAUAUAGGAUCUUAGAACCACUAGAAUUGAAAAAUGACAAAACUUUUUUGAUAUUUUGAACAAGCUUUAUUCGCAGAACAUCAAUUAUUAUGUUUAAGGUGACAGCAAAAUGAUAUUUCUCCCCACUUGUUUCUUACAUUAUUUUUGAUUUCACUAAUUUCACUAUAUUUGUUUUACUCUAAGUUUUAAUUAGAUUUAAAUUAGAUUUUCAGUGAUAUAAACAAUGUGACCUUAAGAAAAACUAAACAAAAAAGGAAAAAACAAAAUGCUAAAACGCAAGAAACUUAGAAUUUAAAACAAUUAUUAACAAUUAAUCGUUACGACAAAAAUUUUUGCACGCAUUGGCACAUAAUUGAUAAAACUAGACAAUUAGUAGCUAAUUUUAGAAUGUAUACUAAAAUGGGUCAAAUGGUUGGGGCCACCUUCACAGUGUUUUGGGUUUCGUUUUCUUUUCGCUAUAUCUACAUUCGGAAUGACGUUAAUUCCCCAUGUUACCAACAUGUUUUCGUACUUAAGAUAGACUUUUGGCAUCAGAUCGGACCAUCAUGAAUAUCUUUUAGUUUAACCUUAACUUUUGCUGUAACUUCAAGUCAUGUUCGGAAAUAAACUAAAAGUCAAAGUAAAGCAGGUGCAUGUCCGUCUUUGGUGUUUCCUGAACUUGUAUACUGUAUAUAUUUGUAUAUGGCAGCAGCUAUAGGGACUGCCUUUGCUGCUUCAACUUUGCCUCAUGGCAAGUUCGCCCAUUGAAUCCAUAACCCAAGGCAACAACUUGCUUAAACUAGUGUUUCGUUUCUCCACUUAGGAACAGUCUUCCAGAGCGUGACACUGCCAUCAGAAGAAACCCUGAAGCCGAGUGUUGAGGUGAUCCGACAGUCAGGAUUCCGGACCAGAAAUUAAUGAACAAUUGAAACCGAAGAGCACGCCUGGCUGGAGAGCAAGGACUGGACCAGUUCUACAAAAGAUUCAUACAUUUGAAUAUAUGUACUUGUAGUUCCUAAACAAAAUCGGUAAUAUUGAUGCUGUGGUAUUGUUCCUGUGUCGCCAGGCGAGUGUGCGGCGUGGGACGCAGACAGAUCACACACUCUUCGGUGCUGAAAGUGGGGAUUCAAAGAGGAAGGGAUGCGGAGCGAUGAAUUUGGGAAUGCGAAUCAUUUUUAUACAAAAUAUAAUACUUUAAUUUGUGCUCUUACGGCUAACUACGUA